AGGCUUUAGUCGGGACGCCUCUCUUUGCCGAGCGCUUCUCGCGGCCGCCAUCUUGGGAGUGGCCGGUACCUCUGCCGUGCCGUGCGGGGCGCCCGUCCCGUCCCGUCUCUUCCAUAGAACUGUAAAUAAGCAAAACAAAGGGGAUCGCUCCGGUUCCUGCCGCCUCCCCUCCCUCGAGGCGAGCGGCGGCCCCGGCCGUGGCCCCGAGUGCUGCCGCCGUGCGGCCGGAGCGCGGUACUGCAGCCCCGCGCCGCUGGGUGCCGGGGCGGGGCAGGAGCGGCUGCCGAGCGAGGGAAGGGCGAGGGGCGGGGGCGAGCGGCGAGCGGGGCGGUGUCUGCAAACAGCGGGGAGGGGCGAAGGAGGUUCGGGCGUGCGAACGGACACGGUGAUUGAGAUGAAUGGCAGCGGCGGCGGGACCGGGUUCGGCGGGCGGCGGAGGCGCGGGCGCAGCGCUCCACGGGCCGGGGGCAGCGGGCGGGGGCGGGCGAGCGCCGUCGGAGCAGGGCUGCACCCCGCGAGCCGCUCUCCAGGCGGUGGGAGCGACCGCGGGCCGGGAAUUCCCGGCGGGGCGGCGCCGGGCAGGCGGGGCGGCAGGCGGAGCGGGGUCCCGGCUUUCCCCGCCCUUUCUGCCGCCCUCUUUGGGAGGUCGGGCGAGCCGCCCGUCCCGUCCCGCCGCGCUCCGCUGCCCGCCCCUGGCUCCGGCCGCCGAGCGCGCCGCCCGCGUCCUCGCCCCCGGAGAGGCGGCGGGAAAUCGCGCCGAGAGCGCGGGGUGGCUCGGCCCCGUCCCGCCGCCUCCCCGCUCUCCCUCCGCUCUCCGCCGUCUCCGCUCUCCCACAACCGCCCCCCCGCCCCGCUCCGGUCCAGGGAAAUGGAGGAAAACACGAAAGCAUCGGGGCAGAGCAGCCGCUGGCAGCGCCUGAGCCGGCUCCCUGCCCGCGGGGCCGAGGCUGCCCACCGCCGGGAGCUGACAGUUGCUGUAUCUCUUGGAUGCUGUGCAGGACGGAAUCAGGCACCCAAACCUCAGGUUCACCUUCUCCCUGACCCUCUACGCUGGUCGUGUGGCACAGCAGAUCCUGGAGCCAGCUGUUUCUGUAUUCCUGACUUCUCUUCACGUCAGGCACUCGUGGCUUGGAGCACAGGAGCUGGAUAUGUCACUUCACCGUGUCAGGAUGGGAAAAAAGGUCUGCAGACCUUCCUACAAUGGGGCGCAAGUGCAAAGAACGAGGAGGCAGAGGAAGACUGGACUUGGGAAUCAGGACAGUUUUCUUGGCUUUAAAAAAGCUUGAAUGGCACUUCAAGACAUUUAUAUCAGACCUGGUUUAGUUUUAUUACCCUUUUUAAAAUGCUGCUGUGAUGUGCAACAAAAACCUGUCUUCCCUCUGCCUGGAACAGCUGAGAGAUGGAACUAAACCCCAAAGGAUUUUCUGCUCAGGGAUUAUAUGUGAGUUUUAUUGGGAAUUCUCUGAGAAAUCUGAUAGAUUGUUCUUGAAUGUGGCCC